AUGGCUGUAUCUUUGGGUACAACAAUUUCACUUGCGAUGAGUUUAGUACAAGUACAAGUACUAAUAAAUAAUAAUAAUAAUAAUAAUACAAUGUCUCAUUCAAUUAAUAAUACAUAUGAAGAUAUAAAUCAACGACAAGAGGAAGAGGAGGAAGAGGAAGAGGAAGUAGAUAGCAAUGUCAUGGGAGUAAUCAUAGCAACACCAGAAUCUAGUCAUGGAGGUACCUCACCUCUUAUUCCACAAAAUGAAAGAGAUGGUUCAGAUGCAGAGUAUGAAGCUGCCAAUAAUGAUAAUGAUAACAAUGACGAUGACAAUAAUACAAAUAAGAGAAAGAAUAAUAAUAUUAGACAAGGUUUCAAAGAUGGUCUAUCUAAAGUAAAAUCUAUAAAUAGAGAUGAUUUAAAGUUAGAUACAUCAAAAUAUUUAAAGAGUAUAAUUUAUGGAGGUAUGGAUGGAUUAGUUAGUAUAUUUGUAUCUGUGGCAGUUGUAGCAAGUGGAGAUGCACCAAUAUCAGUUUUACUAGUGAUUGCAGUGGCCAAGUUGAUAGCAGGUGCCAUUUCAAUGGGAAUGGGUGAUUAUUUGGGUACACAAGCAGACGUUGAUUUUGCCAAAGGAGAACGUCAAAGAGAGACAUGGGAGGUGGAAUACUACAUAGAGGGAGAAAAGAAAGAGAUGGUAGAGAUUUACUGUGAAAAGGGUAUUCCAGAGGAGAUCGCCACCGAAGUGGUCAAUAUUCUUGCCACUAACACAAAGGGAUUCGUCGAUGUUAUGAUGGUCGAAGAAUUGGGUAUCACACCAGACGCUGAAGGCGAAGUCGCAUGGAAGAAUGGUAUGGUCAAUUUUGUAUCUUUUCUCAUCUUUGGUAUUAUCCCCCUACUCCCCUAUCUCGUCUAUUUGGCAGUAGCCUCUGUUCGUCAUAGUGGAUAUCGUGACAAUCUACCAACCUUUAUCAGUGUCAUUGGUGUUGCCAUUGUCACACUCUUUGGAAUGGGUAUCUUUAAGGCCAAGAGUACACAAACCAGUCUCUGGAAAAACGGUCUCUCCACCGUAUUCUUUGGUUGCAUUGGUGCUGGUGCUGGUAUUGCCACCGUUGAAAUUAUUAAAGCUAUUAAUCCUGAUAUUGAUAUCAAUGGUUAA